GUUGUCUUUUUUAUUUUGCAGAUCAGCUGAAGAACAACUAUGUGAUUGGUUAUGACCAUUCCUUGUGGAUUCUGUAUGCCAAUGGAAUGAACACUCACUACCAGACGGAACCACACAUUCUGGCUGGUGCAUCCACCCCUACGCUGGCACGAAGAAACAUGACCCUACCCGAUGACAGCGGGCAAAACUUGGUUGAAUGGCGCUUUCGUAAAGAGCAGACGAGGACGAAGGUCACAGUGUUUGGACGCAAGUUACGAGUAAAUGGACGGAACAUUUUGUCUGUUGAUUAUGACCGAGCGCUGAGGAUUGAAAAGAUCUAUGAUGAUCACCGUAAAUUCCUUCUGAAGAUUGGUUAUGACACAGCAGGUCAGCCCACUCUCUGGAUGCCAAGUAGCAAGCUGCUGCCCGUCAACCUCACUCGCAAUAGCAAUGGGCAGUUGAGUGCCAUACACUGGGGCUCUGUCUCAGAGAUGGCGGAGUAUGAUGGACAAGGCCGCCUGCUUUCCAGAACAUUUCCUGAUGGGAAGACCUGGAGCUACACUUAUCUAGAGAAGUCCACUGUCCUGAUCCUGGCGAGUCAGCGGCAGUAUGUCUUUGAAUGUGACUCUCAGGGAGGCCUUUCUGCUGUCACUAUGCCUAGUGUGGCACGAUACUCUAUGGAGACCAUACGCUCGGUGUCUUACUACCGCAACCUUUACCAUAUGCCUGAGAGCAAUGCUUCUGUCGCUGUAGACUACAGUGAGGAUGGGAGGCUCCUGAGAGUGGCACAGCUGGGCACGGGACGGAGAGUCCUUUACCGGUACCGCUGGCACAACAAACUCUCGGAGGUUCUGUACGACAGCACUCGUGUCAGCUUCACCUACGACGAGACGGCAGGUGUGCUGAAGACGGUCAAUCUGCAGAGUGAGGGUUUUAUAUGCACCAUUAGAUACAGGCAGCUCGGCCCACUGGUAGACCGGCAGAUCUACCGCUUCAGCGAGGACGGGAUGGUAAACGCUCGCUUCGACUACGCUUACGACAGUAGUCUGCGUGUAACGAGUAUUCAGGGGGUCAUCAAUGAAACCCCGCUGCCUAUUGACCUUUAUCAGUAUGAUGACAUCUCAGGGAAGGUGGAGCAGUUCGGCAAAUUUGGCGUCAUCUAUUAUGACAUCAACCAGAUUAUCUCUACCUCUAUCAUGACUUACACCAAACACCUUGACGGGCACGGUCGGGUUCGAGAGAUUCAGUAUGAGCUCUUCCGUUCUCUGCUCUUCUGGAUCACGGUCCAGUAUGACGAUAUGGGCCGAGUCACCAAGCGGGAGAUGAAGAUUGGCCCGUUCGCCAAUGCCACCAAGUAUAGCUAUGAAUAUGAUGUGGACGGACAGUUGCAGACCGUCUACCUCAAUGAGAAAAUGACAUGGCGCUACAGCUAUGACUUAAACGGGAACAUACACCUGCUGAGUCCAGCAAACAGUGCACGAAUCAUGCCCCUCCGUUAUGACCUACGAGACCGUAUAACUCGUCUUGGAGAUCUGCAGUACGAGUUGGACGAAGAUGGGUUUCUUCGCCAGAGAGGCUCUGAGAUCUUCCAAUACAAUUCCAAUGGCCACCUAGAACAUGUCUACAGUAAAUCCAGCAGCUGGUCCGUCCAGUACCGUUACGAUGGUUUGGGAAGAAGAGUCUCAGCAAAGUCCAGCAUGGGACAACAUCUGCAGUUCUUCUAUGCUGACCUGAGCUACCCAAGCAGGAUAACGCAUGUCUACAACCAUUCCAGCUCACAGAUUACCUCUCUAUACUAUGACCUGCAGGGACACUUGUUUGCAAUGGAGAUCAGCAGUGGAGCAGAGUUCUACAUAGCCUGUGAUAACAUAGGAACACCACUGGCUAUCUUUGCCAGUGAUGGCACCCUCCUCAAGCAGGUUCAUUAUACAGCCUACGGCGAGGUCUGCUCGGACUCCAAUCCUGACAUCCAGUUGGUGAUUGGGUUUCAUGGAGGACUUUAUGACCCUCUAACAAAACUGCUUCAUUUUGGAGUGAGGGAUUAUGACAUCAUGUCGGGUCGCUGGACUGCACCUGACUUCAUGCAGUGGGAGAAAAUCAGCAAGAACCCAGGCCCUUUCAAUCUCUACAUGUUCCGAAACAACAACCCAAUAAGUAAAGUGCAGAAAGUUAGAGACUACUUAACAGAUGUGAACAGCUGGCUGGUCACAUUUGGAUUCCAUCUCCAUAAUAGUAUCCCUGGUUUCCCUAUCCCCAUUUCUGAGAUGACACAAGCCUCUUAUGAACUGGCCAAAAGUCAAGUGUGGGACGACCUGACAGCCAGCUUUGCAGUCCAGCAGCACGUCAUCCGACAAGCUGAAGCAUUUCUAACAUUUGGGGAUCUGCCACAGGUUGAGUUCGGUCAUAGCCAAAGGGCUGAUAAACCCUGGCUGUGGUUUGCCUCAAGCGAUUCAUUGAUAGGUCGCGGGAUCAUGCUGGCUCUUUACAAGGGCAUCGUGAUAACCCGCGCACUAAGCCUGGCUAAUGAGGAUUGCGUCAAGGUUGCCAACAUCCUCAAUGGCGCACUUUAUUUGAAAGACUUGCACUUUAUCAUAGAUGGCAGUGACACGCACUUCUUUGUUAAAAUGAAUUCUCCUGAAGCGGACCUAGCAGCGCUGCGGCUUACUAGCGGACGGAAAGAACUUGAGAACGCGGUGAACGUGACGGUGUCGCAGUCCACAGCUGUGCUAGGUGGCCGCACCCGGCGCUUCGCAGAUGUGGAGUUUCAGAGGGGGGCUCUCACCCUGCACGUGCGCUACGGGGCGUCUCUGGAUGAGGAACGAGUGCGUGUUUCAGAGCUGGCCCGACAGAGGGCUCUCGCCAUCUCGUGGGCACAGGAGCAGCAGCGGGUGCGAAACGGAGAGGAAGGAUCCCGCCUGUGGACUGAGGGAGAGAAGAGGCAGCUUCUCAGCACUGGACGAGUGCAAGGCUACGAUGGAUACUAUGUGUUGUCGGUAGAGCAGUAUCCUGAGCUAGCCGACAGCGUCAACAACAUUCAGUUCCUCAGACAAAAUGAGAUUGGCAAAAGGUAGUGAACAGACCAUGAUUAGCCACUCUGUGCAAUUUGUAAUGGAAGAAUAAGUUAAGCGGACACAUUUAUUACAUUCUCAGAGUUUGUAAAAACGCUACUACUCCUAGUCUAAUAAGAAGAGUACUACCUAGGGGGG